UCCUGUAUUUUACUGCUGGAUCUGAGAACCAUGUCUCACAAGGAGAAGAUUUCAAUCUUUAUCGUGGGAGCUGACGAUUUUUCAAAGAACGAUCUAAUAACCAAGAUCCAAGGGAAAGAUUCAUCUAACCUACACCUACAAAACGCUAAUAAUGAGCUUGAGACAUAUGAGAUCUCAUUUCUUCCUGACAAGGACGCGUUAAAAAGACACCUAGACCCUGAGCCACGUUCUGGGUCACAUCCUUAUCAGGACAGGACAGGUGGCAGCAAAAAGCCGAAGGAAGAGAGAGUGAACCUGGUUCUGCUGGGAAUGGCCGGGACUGGAAAGAGUUCAAGUGGAAACACGAUCCUCAGAUACGAAUACUUCUUGUCAAAACCCAGUUCAAAGCAGGUGACCAUGGAGUGUAAGGAGGUAGAACAGGAGAUUAACAGUAGACCUGUACGUGUCAUUGAUACACCAGACAUCUUUAAUGAUGACAUCAAACCACCAGUUAAGGACAAACAUGUGAAAAGGUGCAGAGAGCUCUGUCGGUCAGACCCCUGUGUGUACUUACUUGUGAUGCAGGUUGGCAGGUUUACAGACGGGGAGAGAGACGUACUGAAAAAGUUAGAAAAAGCUUUUGGUAGAAACGUUCAUGAACAAACGAUCCUCCUGUUCACCCGUGGGGAGGAGCUGCAGCGUGCUGACAUGAGCUUGGAGGACUUUCUACAAUCCUGCCAACCUGAGCUCAAGCACAUAGUGGAAAAGUGUGACAAGAGGUGUGUGUUUUUUGAGAACAGAACCCCAGGUUCAUAUCAGGUGGAAAAACUAAUGCAGACAGUGAACAGUCUUAUUCAAAAACAGAGUAAGGCCCAACUCCAACCCAGCUCCUACACCCCAACCCCUUACACUCAGUUCCCACAGUCACAUGGAGGGUCAUCCAGAUGGUAGAGCAGUGGAGCGUCAGGACGGAUUCCCUCAGUGCUGCGGAGAUAGGUCUGUCUGAUCAUGUGACAGCAGGGACGGAUGAAUCACCUGUAGUCCACAUGUGAGCUCUGUGGUGAUUCACAGUAAUAAGUAAUAAGUUGCCUCUCCUCAAACAGAGAUUUGAUAUUUGACUAUUUCUGUGCACACAUCAGGGGAUGAUCGGAACAUGCUGUUGUGUACCUGGGACAAUGUACUUGUGUUUUUUAUUUGACAUGAUUUGCUGUCUUGUGUAGCCUA